UUGCCACCAACCACAUACAUAUUCCACUCAUCAACUGUAGGAAGCGGGAUAUCAGCCACAGCAGUUCCGACUCUUCCCCACAAAAGAAAACAGGAACGAUGAACUUUCAUGUUCAUACUCAUCAUCACCAACAUUCAGUCCCUCAAAUUCUACAUCACCCCUUCAAAAAUUUCCGAGCAGUCUCUGCAUUAAAGCUCAAAGAAAGUCCAAAUGUGGCGUUAAAAAGUCGGAGGAGGAGGACGCUGCCAUUAUUUCUCAACAGUUCAAAGUACAAUUCAGUUUCAGCAUCACUUUCGCCAUUGGAUUUGACUGAGGAUAAUAUCAAGCAAGUCUUGGCUGAUGCAAGAGUCGAGCUGGGACAACUAUUUGACGAUUCUGUUGGAAUGACAGAUGUAUAUGCAGGACAAGCAGAAUUAACAGACCUGGAUGGACCAUACGUGAAGAUUAGUCUUAGGGGCAAAUUUUGGCACAAACGUUCCACCGUUUUAGCUAGACUGGGGAAUUACUUGAAACAGAGGAUUCCUGAAAUUUUGGAGGUAGACAUAGAAGAUGAGAAGCAGUUGGAUGAUAGCCCUGAAAAUUUCUGACACGCCCGUUGCCGCUAUUUGAAUGUCUUUAGCUUUUGGUCUUUUACAUCUGCAAAAUCUUGGACAUGUAUUCUCUCACUGAUACAAAGUGAAUGAUUGUUUGAUUUGCAAUA